AAAAAUCGUAUUUUUUGAAAAACACAAACCUCUUAAGCAAAUCAGAAGAUGAAUAUAUAGAAGCCUGUCAACCCCAAACACAAUCCUCCAUUGUUACUUUUUCCAAAAGCUUGAAGAUUUGCAGAGUUCUCAAACUUCAAGUGGUGUAUAAGUGGUGGUUUUUCCCUGUGUUAUCUCAGUCUCUCUCCUGUUCCUUUCGCACUCUGAACUGACGAAUACCACCACCGCACCACCGCUCACGGGUCCACCACAGCACUCCGAAUUUCAAACUCCAAAUUUGGAGAGAAGAAAAUUGAAGUCGAUGUUUGUGGUUUUUUAUAAAAUUGGAGAAAAUUGAAGGAAUUAGAUAAAUUUUGUAACCUGUAUAAAUUCCAAUCCGUAAAAUUUCCGGCGAUUACAAAAGAAAUUGCAUCUCUCUACAGAAUUCCAGAUUUCAUUCCAGAUUUCUUCUCUACCUGAAAAGUUUGAUUUCCAGCAUCAAUUUAAACUAUUUUUCGAGGAAACAAAUUCAAGGAGUUUUCCGACGAUUCCAUAAAAAUCGAAGGGAUAUUUUCAGGUUUUUAUAGAAUCAUAGUGUGACAGACACAAGGUUUUGCAGUAAUGGAGAAAAUUGAUAUUGAUAGCACAGUUGUUACCUUGGAUGGAGAACAAUCAAGUGGUGGAGGAUUGCAGAUGCGAGGAAAAGAACGUGUUGUUUUUAAACGCCCAGAGAAGUCUCGCCUUGGGUUAGAUACCCUUGCUCUUACAAAACGGAAUGAAUCAAAACUCGAUGCUUUCAAGGUUCCCAGAGAGAGAAUUACUUCUGUUGCAGCAUCUCUUGAUGAAGAGGAGAAGUCAACUGUGACUGAUAUUGAUGAAGAUGAGGUUGUGGUACAUAAAAGUGACAAACGACGUCCCAACUGGAGAUUCCGGGAGGCUUCUUUGAGUGAGGCUUCACAAUCAGAAAUUACUGUAGCUCAAGAUGGUGAUUGCCAUGACAGGUGUGACACGCAUCACUCUAAAGGUGUCCGGUCUGAAGUCUUUUUGAUACACGACAGGGAUGACUCUGAAGAAAACUCUAGAAGUGAAAGGAAUAGAGGGACUCCUAGACGUCAUGCUGAUAGCAAAGGCUGGAGUCGUGCAGAGCAUGAUCGGUAUGAGAGAGGCUCUAGUGCUGGAAGAUAUGACAGAGACUCUAAUAGUAGACGAUAUGACAGGGACUCUAGUAGUAGGCGAUAUAACAGAGACAAUAGUGGAGAGUAUGAAAGUAAACGAAGCAGAUAUGAAGGAUAUAGGUUAACUCCUGGCAGAUCAGACUGGGAUGAUGGGAAAUGGGAGUGGGAGGAUACACCACGUCAUGAUGGUAAUUAUAAUUCCAGCAAGCGCUAUCAGCCUUCACCAUCUCCAAUGUUUGUUGGAGCAUCCCCUGAUGCAAGAUUGGUUUCUCCUUGGCAAACACCACGUUCUGGUGCUUAUGCUUCCCCCUGGGAUCAUGUGUCCCCCUCACCUGUCCCUAUACGAGCUUCUGGAUCCUCUGUGCGAUCUUCUAAUUCUAGAUACGAGAGGAGUUCAUAUAAAGGUAGACAUUCGACUGGUGAUGCACAAAGAUCCGAGGAUAUGGAUGCUGAAGCUUCUGUGGCUAUAGAAUAUAAUCCUGAAAUCACAGAAGAUAUGCGCUUGCAAAUGGAAUACAAUUCAGAUCGUGCAUGGUAUGAUAGAGAGGAAGGCAGCAAUGUGUAUGAUGUUGAAAGCUCAUCUUUUUAUCUUGGUGAUGAUAACACAUACCAGAAGAAAGAAGUGGAAUUGGCAAAACGGCUGGUGAGAAGCGAUGGAAGUAUGAUGUCACGUGCUCAGAGCAAGAAGCAUUCGCAGCUUAGUGCUGACAAGCAACAAUGGGAAGACCGCCAACUGAUGAGAUCGGGUGCUGUUCGAGGUACUGAGGUUCAAACUGAAUUUGACAAUGAAGAGGAACAAAAGGUUAUUUUGUUAGUUCAUGAUACUAAACCACCAUUCUUGGAUGGUAGAGUGGUUUAUACUAAGCAGGCAGAACCUGUAAUGCCUCUGAAAGAUCCAACAUCUGAUAUGGCUAUCAUAUCGCGUAAAGGAUCUGCUUUAGUACGUGAAAUUCGUGAAAAGCAAAGUAGUAACAAGUCACGUCAACGGUUUUGGGAACUUGCGGGUUCCAAACUUGGUGAUAUUCUUGGUGUUGAAAAGACAGCAGAACAGAUUGAUGCUGAUAACGCUAAGGUUGGUGAAGAUGGGGAAAUUGAUUUCAAGGAUGAUGCAAAGUUUGCUCAGCAUUUGAAGAAGGAUGAAGCAGUUAGUGAUUUUGCAAAGACGAAAACCCUGGCUCAGCAGAGGCAGUAUCUUCCCAUAUACUCUAUUAGGGACGAGCUGUUACAGGUUAUUCGUGAGAAUCAGGUUAUUGUGGUCGUUGGAGAGACUGGUUCAGGAAAAACAACUCAACUAACACAGUAUUUGCACGAAGAUGGUUACACUUCGUAUGGCAUUGUUGGAUGCACGCAACCAAGACGUGUUGCUGCUAUGAGUGUUGCGAAAAGAGUUAGUGAAGAGAUGGAAACUGAUUUGGGAGAUAAGGUCGGAUACGCUAUCCGCUUUGAGGAUGUUACUGGACCAAACACGAUAAUUAAGUACAUGACCGAUGGAGUACUUUUGCGUGAAACACUAAAAGAUGCCGAACUUGAGAAAUAUCGUGUCAUUGUGAUGGAUGAAGCACACGAAAGAUCACUCAGCACUGAUGUGUUGUUUGGGAUAUUGAAGAAGGUGGUCGCCCGACGUCGAGAUUUCAAACUGAUUGUGACUUCAGCUACUCUCAAUGCGCAGAAAUUUUCAGAUUUUUUUGGAAGUGUCCCAAUUUUCCAUAUUCCUGGGAGAACAUUUCCUGUCAAUACCUUAUACAGUAAGACACCUUGUGAAGAUUAUGUUGAAGGUGCUGUCAAGCAAGCAAUGACUAUUCACAUAACCUCCCCUCCUGGUGACAUCCUGAUAUUUAUGACUGGACAAGAUGAGAUUGAGGCAGCAUGCUAUGCUCUUGCAGAGCGUAUGGAACAGCUAAUCUCCUCAACUCAGAAGGCAGUUGCAAAACUCCUUAUUCUUCCUAUCUACUCGCAACUUCCUGCUGAUUUACAGGCAAAAAUAUUUCAAAGAGCUGAAGAUGGAGCACGGAAAUGUAUUGUGGCAACCAACAUUGCAGAGACUUCUCUGACUGUUGAUGGUAUCUUUUAUGUCAUUGACACGGGCUAUGGUAAAAUGAAGGUCUACAACCCGAGGAUGGGUAUGGAUGCUCUUCAAGUCUUUCCAGUGAGCCGUGCUGCUGCAGACCAGCGUGCAGGACGUGCUGGUAGAACUGGUCCCGGAACUUGUUACCGACUUUAUACAGAAAGUGCAUAUCUGAAUGAGAUGCUUGCUAGUCCUGUACCGGAGAUUCAGAGGACAAACCUUGGCAAUGUGGUUUUGCUUCUGAAAUCUCUCAAAAUUGAGAACUUGCUAGACUUUGAUUUUAUGGACCCACCUCCACAGGAGAACAUCCUUAACUCCAUGUACCAGCUUUGGGUGCUGGGUGCCCUUAACAAUGUCGGGAGCCUGACAGAACUUGGUUGGAAAAUGGUGGAAUUCCCAUUGGACCCUCCACUAGCAAAGAUGCUACUAAUGGGUGAACAGCUGGAAUGCCUUGACGAGGUGUUGACCAUUGUUUCCAUGCUUUCAGUCCCAACGGUGUUUUUCCGUCCUAAAGACAGGGAAGAGGAAAGUGAUGCUGCACGAGAAAAGUUCUUCGUCCCUGAGUCUGAUCAUUUGACCCUUCUCAAUGUGUACCAGCAAUGGAAAAGCAAUGACUAUCGGGGCGACUGGUGCAAUGAUCAUUUUCUUCAGGUCAAAGCUUUACGGAAGGCUAGGGAGGUAAGAUCCCAGCUUAUGGAUAUUCUGAAACAACUGAAGAUAAAACUUACAUCAUGUCCUGACUGGGACAUUGUUAGACAAGCCGUAUGUUCUGCAUAUUUCCACAACUCUGCAAAGCAGAAAGGGAUUGGUGAGUAUGUUAACACAAGGAAUGGGAUCCCAUGCCAUUUGCACCCGAGUAGUGCGCUCUAUGGAUUGGGCUACACGCCAGAGUACGUUGUUUAUCACGAGUUGCUUCUAACCACAAAAGAAUACAUGCAGUGUGUCACUGCUGUAGAGCAAUGGUUAGCCGAGUUGGGGCCAAUGUUCUUCUCAGUCAAAGAUUCGGAUACAUCAUUGUUGGAGCAUAAGAAAAAACAGAAGGAAGAGAAAACAGCCAUGGAAGAAGAGAUGGAGAAUCUAAGGAAAGAGCAAGCAGAGUCGGAGCAAAGAAGGAAGGAGAAGGAGAAAGAGAAAAGAGCUAAAGAACAACAAAAAAUCGCAAUGCCAGGGUCGCGACAAGGUUCCACUUACCUGAGACCCAGAAAGAUGGGUUUGUAAAUAAAUAGUUAACUGAUUGAUAUGUACAAUGUACAACAACUUUUGGCAAGUAAAAUUUAAUAGUCUGGAUACAACGAUGUACAGUGUUAGUGAUUUAGGAGGAAGUACUAGGCCUUCAAAUGAGGAUGUCAUUCUGUUUUAUUAGGAAUGUCAUUUUGAUUAUUUUCAUUUUUCUGAAGUCCCACUAAAUUCAAGUUCUGAAAUAGUUUGAAACAAUGAAAACCUUCUUUGCUCAUA